CACUAGUAUGGAAGCUGCCAGAUGUCACUGAUAAGUUUCUAAAGCAAAAACAAGAGGAGUUCAUGUAAAACUUCUCUAUUGCGAAGUCAUUUCCUCAUAAUAGCCCUUACGUGUAGCUUAGUCAUGACUUCGUACCUUCUGUCCUCCUUUCUUCCUUUUUUACUUCCUUGAGUUAAAUUAUGUUGACGAUCGUGCCAUCGCCGCUCAGGCAGGGAGCUUUGAAAUGGUUGAACAGAAGUUCUCUGAAGCUCUAGGUGAUCUUACUGCCUAUUACAGAGAAAGCCAGCUGAUUCCUAAUCCAUCACUAUGCUGACGAUUGUGUCAUCACUGCUCAAGCAGGAAGAUUUGAAAGGGUUGAACAGAAGCUCUCUGAAGCUUUAGGUGCUCUUACUGCCUAUUACAGGGAAAACUAGCUGAUUCCUAAUCCAUCACUGCUCAGAGAGCUUUGAAAUGGUUGGACAGAAACUCUCUGAAGCUCUAGGUGAUCUUACUGCCUAUUACAGGGAAAACUAGCUGAUUCCUAAUCCAUCACUAUACUGACAAUCGUGCCAUCACUGCUCAGGGAGCUUUGAAAUGGUUGAACAGAAGCUCUCUGAAGCUUUAGGUGCUCUUAUUGCCUAUUACAGGGAAAACCAGCUGAUUCCUAAUCCAUGCACACAUGUGCUUUUCACCUUAAGAAUAGACAAGCAUCUCGAGCACCAAGGAUCACCUUGGAAGGAAUCCCAAUGUAUUAAGGGAAGCAAGAAGGAAAAAGUUACAAAAAUGGUACAGAACUCCUUCACAACUUUCACGUUUUUUACCAGGGAUGAAGGAUAAGUGUUGGCACGGUCGUGAACAAAGAGGGGUGUUUAUAUCAUAUGAUAUGGGAGUGCGAUCAAGUGCAAGAAUAUUGGAGAAUGGUUGAAGGAGAAAUCAAUAGAAUGCUAAAUCUACAAAUAGUAAUACAGUAGUCUCAUUUAUCCAACAUAAACGGGCCGGCAGAACAUUGGAUAAGUGAAUAUGUUGGAUAAUAAGGAGGGAUUAAGGAAAAGCCUAUUAAAUAUCAAAUUAGGUCAUGAUUUUACAAAUUAAGCACCAAAACAUCAUGUUACACAACAAGUUUGACAGAAAAGUAGUUCAAUACGCAGUAAUGCUAUGUAGUAAUUACUGUAUUCACGAAUUUAGCACCAAAAUAUCACGAUGUAUUGAAAACAUUGACUACAAAAAUGUGUUGGAUAAUCCAGAACGUUGGAUAAGUGAGUGAUUUUCCAUGGCCAAGUAGAGAUCCGAACCUUGCUCUCCAAAUCCUAAUGUGGUGACUCUUUAUUCUCCCAGCAAACCUACUGGGUUUGUUAGCCGGGGAAGGUGUGACUCUCCCACGGUUCCCUAAAUAUUAUUUGGGAACCAGCCCACAGAUAUGCCAAAUCCCUGCCUGAACUCUAGCAACUACAUACUGUCUCUUGGUACGGAAAUAUAUGUGGUUUCUUUCGUUCUUGACAAGUGUUCUCACCCAUGUGUUUAUUCAGACUCUGAUUGCAGCUAUUAUCAACAAAAAAGCAAAUAUUGAUACAAUGUUCUGAUAUGACAAAGCAGCACAGCAAUGUUUGAAAAAUGGGAAUAAACAACUAGUAAAAUGUUGUAAGCUUUCAUGGCCGGGAUCACUGGGUUGCUGUGAAUUUUCCGGGCUGCGUGGCCAUGUUUCAGAAGCAUUCUCUCCUGACGAAAAUGCCUACAUCUAUGGCAUCAUCAGAGGUCAUGAGGUCUGUUGUGGGGUUUAUAACAGGGCACUUGAUGAACCAACCUGGACACACCAUAUUAUUUGAGAACACAGAAAUGAUGGACCACUCUAACAACCAGAAGCAUUCUCUCCUGACGUUUCACCCACGUCUAUGGCAGGCAUCCUCGGAGGUUGUGAGGUCUGUUGGAAACUAGGCAAGUGGGGUUUAUAGCAUCACAUUUGAUGAAACAACCUGGACACAGCAUAUUAUUUGAGAACACAUAAAUGGUGGACCACUGUAACAACCAGAAGCAUUCUCUCCUGACGUUUCGCCUACAUCUAUGGCAUCAUCAGAGGUUGUGAGGUCUGUUGUGGGGUUUAUAGCAGGGCACUUGAUGAACUAACCUGGACACAUCAUAUUAUUUGAGAACACAGAAAUGAUGGACCACUCACAACCAGAAGCAUUCUCUCCUGAUGUUUCGCCCACAUCUAUGACAGGCAUCCUCAGAGGUCAUGAGGUCUGUUGGAAACUAGGCAAGUGGGGUUUAUAGCAUCACACUUGAUGAAACAACCUGGACACAGCAUAUUAUUUGAGAACACAGAAAUGAUGGACUACUCGAACAACCACCAUGUCAGACUACACAGAGAAGCCACUGAAACCUACAAGCAGGUGGACAAUUUCAACGGAAAGGAGGAAACCAUGAAAAUGAACAAAAUCUGGCUACAGAAAGCACGCUGAAAAAGGAUCCGGCUAUCCUUAAUACAUUGGCAGCUGAGGGGGGUUUGAUAUUUAGCUUGUCAGCCGCUUUAAAAAUAGAAAGAUAGACACUUAGCACAUGCCCAUUAUUAUCCUCUGCUGUUAUUACUGCACAUAUUUUGGAGCUGAGCCAUGGUACCAAGACCUGGAUGAGAUCCAGCUGGAAAGGGAGGAAAAGCAAUAGAGCUUGCACCAAACUUAUUUUUGCUGUCAUAUUCAUACUAGAAAAAGGGAGCUCAUUUGCUCCAAUAUUAACUAUGCAGUGUAACCAUCCCCGGCUUUUAUCUAAAGUUACAGGAACUGACCUAUAGUUUUCCAAAAUAGGCUCUAAUUUAAUGUUUAAUAGGCUUUUCUUUAAUCUCUCCUUAUUAUGCAACAUAUCUGCUUAUCCAACGUUCUGCCGGACCAUUUACGUUGGAUAACCGAGACUACUGUACUACUUUGGUUCAUACAAAGUGCUUAUAUUGUCUAUAUAAAGGCUAUAUGAUAUAUGCAGAGGCAAAGCUAUAUAGGCAAUAGUCUACUAUUUUCUGGCUUAUGGUCCCUACACCAGCUUGGUUGUAGCUGGGGCUAACAGCGGGUGCUCAUUCCUCCAAGGUCAUGUGGCCACUGGCAUGACUGCAUGGAGCGCCGUUACCUUCCCGCCGGAGCGGUACCUAUUGAUCUACUCACAUUGGCAUGUUUUCGAACUGCUAGGUUGGCAGAAGCUGGGGCUAACAGCGGGAGCUCAUUCCUCCAAUGUCAUGUGGCCACUGGCAUGACUGCAUGGAGUGCCGCUACCUUCCCGCCGGAGCAGUACCUAUUGAUCUACUCACAUUUGCAUGUUUUCGAAUUUCUAGGUUGGCAGAAGCUGGGGCUAACAGCAGGUGCUCAUUCCUCUCCCUGGAUUUGAACCUGCGACCUUUUGGUCCACAAGUUCAGCCGCUCAGCGCUUUAACACGCUGUGCCACCGCCCGCCACUCUGAAAAUCCCUAGAGGAGACAUAUUUUGUCAGAUGCAGGUGCGGGCUCCGAGGAUGGCGCAGGGCCCGCCAUGUCCCUCCGGGCGGCCCCGACAGAGGACGGCGGAGCCUCGGCGCCGGCGGGACCCCCGGAGCUGUCCCUGGAAGAGGUGCUGAAGGCCUACGAGCAGCCGCUCAACGAGGAGCAGGCCUGGGCCGUGGCCUUCCAGGUCUGCCGCGGGAUCCAGGGCGCCGGGAAGGACGGGCCCGCCCGGGGGCCCCAGGGGCGCCUCGCCGGACCCGCCGACCUCCUCCUCCGCCGGGACGGAGCCGUCGCCGCCAAAGGAGAGAGCGGCCUGGCCGAACUCCCAUUGACUUUAACGCCUUCUGCAGAAGCCCAGAUGGUGCAGUCGCUGGGCUUUGCAAUCUACCGGGCCUUGGACUGGGGCCUGGACGAGAACGAGGAGCGGGAGCUCAGCCCCGACCUGGAGCGCCUCAUUGACCUGAUGGUCAACAGCGACUCGGAGGACAGCAGCUGCGGCACGGCGGACGAAGGCUAUGGCGGCCAAGAUGAGGAGGACGAGGAGGAGGAAGAGGCGGCGGCGGCGGCCAGGGGGGCCCUGCGCGCCGUGCGCACCUUCCGCCAGGUCAUGCGGCUCUGCACAUCGAGGCUCAGCCAGCCCCAGGAGGCCCAGGCGCACUACCAGGCGGUCUGCCGGGCCCUGUUCCUGGAGACGGUGGAGCUGAAGGCCGCCUUGGCCAAGAUCCAGGAGACCAAGGAGAUGUUGACGAAACUGAAGAAUGAAGACGAGGAGCUGAGAGACCGGUCAGUUGCAGACCUGGACAACCUGAGGAACACCGACUGGGCCCGGCUCUGGGUCCAGCUCAUGCGGGAGCUGCGCAACGGGGUCAAGCUCAAGAAGGUCCAGGAGAAGCAGUUCGACCCCUUGCCCACCGAGUACCAGCUGACCCCCUUCGAGAUGCUGAUGCAGGACAUCCGGGCUCGGAACUACAAGCUCCGCAAGGUCAUGGUGGAUGGGGACAUCCCUCCGCGGGUGAAGAAAGAUGCUCAUGCGCUCAUCCUUGACUUCAUAAGAUCCCGGCCACCCUUGAGACAGGCUUCGGAGCGGCGGCUGCGGCCGAUUCCUCAGAGGCAACGGACGCUGCAUGAAAAGAUUUUGGAGGAGAUCAAGCAGGAGAGGAAGCUUCGUCCGGUUGAAGAGCGCUUCCAGAACCAGAAAGGGUUCGGAUCCGUGCCUUGCCUGGUGAAGGCCUGCUCCGGUGACGCCAAGUCCACCUCCUGCAUCAACCUCUCCGCCUCGGACUCGGGGACCCCGGUCCAGCAGCGCCAAAGACCCCGGAUCCUGCUGAAGGCCCCGACGCUGGCCGAGAUGGAGGAGAUGCUCACCUCCGAAGAGGAGGACUCUCCCGGGUCAGAGGCUUUGCAAGGUCUGGGGCUGAAGCGCGACCGCUCUUUUUCGGAGCAGGACCUGGCCCAGUUCCAGAGCGAGAGCCAGAGCAAUGCGCCGGACGCCGAGAACGACGGAUACAGCGGGUCCGAACCCAGGCCCCGCUCAGGUACCCCCUCCGAUGCAUGGACCAGAAUCCAGAACCCGGGAUCCGUCCCGGCCAGUUACCACCCGGCGGUCUCUUGCGGCUCCAGCCCCUUCCCGGCCAAGCAGGGCUUCCUCAGCUCCGUGGAUGAAAAGUCCGAGGCCGGAUCGGGACCCCCUCCUCCGGAGUCCAGCAUGAAAUACUUGUGGCUGCAAGAGUUCAGCCACCCGGAGAGCUUGGCCCUGACCGUGGAGGAGAUGGUCAAUGACCGGCGGGUGCUGGUCAAGGCCGAGAUGGAGAAGUUCCAGCAAAGCAAGGAGCUCUACAGCAGCAUGAAGAAGGGCAAGAUCUGUUGCUGCUGCAAGACCAAGUUUGCCCUCUUCUCCUGGCCGCCCACCUGCCUCUUCUGCAAAAGGUCUGUCUGUGGUUCUUGCAGCCUGAAGAUCAAGAUGCCUUCCAAGAAGCUGGCCCACAUCCCGGUCUAUGCCUUGGGCUUCGAGACCCUGCCGGGCUCAUUGGGGCCCAAGGCACCCCCUUUCCGGAAGAAGGAGACCUUCCACCCCUUGCAGGGCACCCGCUGGCGGAGCGUGGAGGAGGAGUUCCCCUACAUCUACGCCCACGGCUCGGUGCUCAAGGACGUCUGCUCCGACUGCUCCGGCUUCGUCACGGACGUGGUCAGCUCCAGCCGCAAGAGCGUGGACAUCCUCAACACCGCCACGCCCGACCGGAGGAGCCGCAAGACCCAGUCCCUCUACAUCUCCUCCAGCUAGGCCCCCGACACCAUGGCCCCCAUCGUCCCCAAGCCUUUGGGUCACAAGCUGCACCGAAAGAGGAGCUGGAGAGGAAGCGCCAACGUCUCUGCUUUCUUGCAUCCACUCCGACACCCAUCGUCCCCGUCUCUGCCUGUGCUGUGUCUCCAAUGCACCAGAGAGGGAAAGGAGUCAAAUUCUUUUUUGGGUUCGGAAAGGAAGCCUCAACCUCUCCGCUUUCUAUCUUCCUUGCAUCCACUCCGACACCCAUCAUCCCCACCCGCCUGCAUCUGUGUAUACGUCCGUGUAUAUAUAUACAUAUCGAUAGACACUCUAUAUUUAUUAUCCACGGAUCCACUUGCUCCUGUCUUUCCUCCCUUGCGCCCCAGCCCUCUGCACAUGCUCUAUGGAAAUGGAGAAGACCAAGAAUAGUGUUUUAUGUGUUGUCGAAGGCUUUCAUGGCCGGGAUCACAGGGUUGUUGUAUGUCUUUCGGGCUGUGUGGCCAUGUUCCAGAAGCAUUCUCUCCUGACGUUUCGCCCACAUCUAUGGCAGGCAUCCUCUCAGGCAUCCUCUCAGGCUUAAGCGGCUGAGAGGGAAAAGGAAAGGGCCUGAGAGGAUGCCUGCCAUAGAUGUGGGCGAAACGUCAGGAGAGAAUGUUUCUGGAACAUGGCCACACAGCCCGAAAGACAUACAACAACCCAAUAGUGUUUUAAAUGGGCUGCAUUCCUUUCAUUGGCGUAUGGAGAUUCUGGUCAAAUUCCCCUUUCUUCUUCCUUUCCUUCCCUCCCUUGGGCCCCAGCCCUCUGCCCAUGCUCUAUAAAAAUAAACUUUACCCAUGCUUUGGCCAGGUCAGGCUUCAAAGGAAGCAAUUGCUGUUUGUGCCAAUCUACUUGCCCAGCUUGUCGCUGUUUUCGUUGCCUCUGGACUUCAACACAUGCCUUACGGACCCUGAAAUAAUAAUAAUCCACAAUUAGACGGAAGGAGAAGAUUCCUCCUUGCCUCCCUCUUCCUUAGAAGUCCUCCCAGCAGCCGAUGUUUUAUACGCUGCCUGCACUGUAUAGAAUUGUAAAUAAAAUUGAAAGCGAACCAAA